AUGAACUUGGACUUGGACCACAACACCGCUGACGGUUAUGGGCCCUCUUCUGGGCCUUCCGGUCCGUACGAGCCGUCGGUCGCAUCGACGGCCUCGUCCUCGCAGGCGUCCGUCUUCUCUGACACCCUGUCAGCCCAGAGCUCCAUAGCAACCUCUUUUUCGGAUGAUUUUCGGAGCAGUCAGGAGGAGGCGCAUCGGGAUAGGAUCUGUGCAAAGGCACAGCUGCGAUCUCAAGCGCAGAACAAUUGCUUGCAGACGGGCGAAUCAUUAACGUUGGACAAGUAUCUGAGAGGAGGUGCUGCGUGCCCAUCCUACGCGGACGUCACCUCAGUACCCGGGCCCCAGCGGCAGCACCCACGACGAUGUUCCCUACCCAAGAAUCACAAGCCUCCGCCACUUGUACGACAACGCGAUCGCAAGAUCAACUUUGUCGACAACCUCGUUGGUAAGCACUACGAACCAUUUUGACUUGACCAGAACAAUCGCUAAGGAUGCUUACCCGGAAGACUCUGCUACGCAAAUGGUGGAAGUCAUCUGGCCUCUCUCAGUCGUGCCAUGCAGAGGCGAAGGUAAUGGACGCGGCGUUCUGCCGCUUCGUACCUACAUCGAGGAGACUCUGCGGAGAUCGCGGACGAGCUACUCAACGCUCCAGGUCGCGCUGUACUAUCUCAUCCUCAUCCGGCCACAUGUGCCCAAGAGCGACUUCACAAUGGAGCAGACGCUAGAGGUCCCUUCAGAUCGCGCAUUGAUGUGUGGUCGCCGGAUGUUCCUCGCCGCUCUCAUCUUGGCGUCGAAGUACCUACAGGACCGCAAUUACUCUGCCAAGGCCUGGAGUAAGAUGUCCGGCCUCAGGGUCUGCGAGAUCAACACGAACGAGCGCACCUUCCUCAACAAGAUCAACUGGAGGCUUCAUAUCUCGAAACCGACUUUCGAGAAGUGGCAGGAGGUCGUACUUCGCUUCUCGCCCACUCCACCUUCUCCUGGUCAGAGUAUCUUGACAGCCUCUACCUGGAAGAGGAUGGUGCCGAUCUUGACCCCAGAGCUGGACAACGUUCCCUUGACCGAGGCACAUCCGCGGCCUCAGCAAUCGCCGGAAAUGUAUCACUUGGCCUCGCCCGCUACGCCAACGCCGACGAGAAGCCUUCUCAAGCCAUACUUGGAGUCGACUUCGCAGGAGGGCACCCCGACCCCUACGUCAAUGCUACCACGGUUCCUGGAGCCAAGACCAGAUAUUCAGCCUCCUACUCCAGCGUUGGCCCGCAUGGGUCCAUUGCCGACUCCGAAUAUGACGCCUUCUACGAUUGGCGCAAGCACUCCUGCAGCGAGCGCUUGCGGUUCUCGUCGACCGUCUAUCAGCGGUGCGAUGGCGCUGGCACAGAAGACAGGCUUCAAUCGUUGCGCAUACGAUACAUGCCCGCCAUCUCAUGAGAAUGGGCCUUCUUUGGCACGAAGGCCUUCGAUCAUGAGUAUGACUUCAUCUGGCUCGAGUCCGGAGUCAUUGAUGUCGGACAACUCGCGCUCUUCUCGUUCUUCCUCGGUAUCGUCCAUCUCGACAGUCUCCACGAAUUCGUCCAUGGCGCUACAGCGAGCCUGUCUGGCUCGCCAAGCGACGUGCCGAAAUGCUGGACUACCGUCUCUGAAGCUCGUCAAGGAGGAGAGAGAAGGAAGCGCAGCGAAGCCGAUCAUCCUCGACGAUGACAUGGAGAUAGUCUCCAGUCCAUUCAUGACGGACUUCUCUGUCAGCGGCAAGGCUCUUAAUGCUCCUCAUCGCCACAGCCGAAGUGCGAAACAUGCAUCUCAGCCGGCUCCGAUGAGCACCUCUGCUGAGAAGAGCAGGAAGCGUGGUCGCUCCAGUGGCCAUCGCCGCUCUGAGCUCCAGGAAGAAGUUCGUUACUUGUUGGAAGAGCAUCUCGAGGACGAUUUCAUGGACGUUGACGAUCACGCCGCCUCGCCAUCAGAUGCUGCGACGUACGCUAGCAACAUGCUGGCGCGCGAUUACUCUCCUGUAAAGGAAGCUCAGCUACACAACCGCCGGGAGUCGAGCCGCGUACCGGUACAGAAGAAUGAGGGCAGGAAACGCACAUGUUGCUCUGCCAGCUCAAUGUCUAUAUCACCGGUGCCAUUGUAUGGCGAAGUCGUGUAG